AUGGCGUCUUCCUCCACCACCAACUCCAUUCUCUCUCCCUCUUUCCUCUCUGGCCUCGCCAAUUCCACCUCCACCGACUCCCCCCGCCCGCCGUCGCUCCUCUCCUUCCUCCCCAACUCCUCCUCCUCAUCCACCGCCGUCUCAAUCAAACUCUCCGACCGCCGCCCCCGCAACAACCGCCGCUCCCUCCCCGUCACCAACGCUGCCAUUAAGACCACUUCCUCCCCUUCCUCCACAGCGGCGCCGACAGAGACCCCCGGCGCCACCCACGACGCCUCCAGGCCCACAAUCCUCGUCUCCGAGAAACUUGGGAGCGCCGGAUUGGAUCUCCUCCGCGGGUUCGGGAACGUGGACUGCUCGUACGACCUCUCCCCGGAGGAUCUCUGCCGCAAGAUCUCGUCCUGCGACGCCCUGAUCGUGCGGAGCGGGACCAAGGUGACGCGGGAGGUGUUCGAGGCGGCGAAGGGGAGGCUGAAGGUUGUGGGGAGGGCCGGCGUCGGAAUUGACAACGUGGAUCUCCAGGCCGCCACCGAAUUCGGCUGCCUGGUGGUGAAUGCCCCCACCGCCAACACCGUCGCCGCCGCGGAGCACGGGAUCGCGCUUCUCGCCGCCAUGGCGCGGAACGUCGCCCAGGCGGACGCCUCCGUCAAAUCUGGAAAAUGGGAGCGGACUAAGUACGUGGGCGUGUCCAUGGUGGGAAAGACGCUGGCCGUGAUGGGAUUCGGGAAAGUCGGGUCGGAAGUUGCCCGGCGGGCAAAAGGCCUGGGAAUGCACGUCAUCUCCCACGACCCCUACGCCCCCGCCGACCGGGCACGUGCCAUGGGCGUGGAGCUCGUCUCCUUCGACCAGGCCAUCUCCACCGCCGACUUCAUCUCCCUCCACAUGCCCCUCACCCCGACCACCAGGAAGAUCCUCAACGACGAUACCUUCGCCAAGAUGAAGCCCGGCGUCCGCAUCGUCAACGUCGCCCGCGGCGGCGUCAUCGACGAGGACGCCCUCGUCCGGGCCCUCGACUCCGGCAAGGUCGCCCAGGCCGCCCUCGACGUCUUCUCCCAGGAGCCGCCGCCCAAAGACAGCAAGCUGGUCCAGCACGAGCGGGUCAUCGCCACCCCGCAUCUGGGAGCCAGCACGAAGGAGGCACAAGAAGGUGUAGCCAUCGAGAUCGCGGAGGCAGUAGUCGGAGCACUAAACGGCGAGCUCUCAGCCACCGCCGUCAACGCUCCCAUGGUCCCACCGGAGGUCCUCUCCGCGCUCGCCCCCUUCGUGACCCUGGCCGAGAAGCUGGGACGGCUCGCCGUCCAGCUCGCGUCGGGAGGGGAAGGAAUAAAAUCCGUCAAAGUAGUCUACCGCUCCGCACGGGACCCCGACGACCUCGACACGAGACUCCUCCGCGCCAUGAUCACGAAAGGGAUCAUCGAGCCCAUCUCCGACGGCUCGUACGUCAACCUGGUCAACGCAGACUUCAUCGCGAAGCAGAAGGGUUUGAGGAUCAGCGAGGAGAGGAUCGUGGUCGACGCGUCGCCGGAGAUGCCCGUGCACUCGAUCGAGGUGCUGAUGUCGAACGUGGAUUCGAAAUUCGGGAGCGCGGUGGCGGGGGAGGGAGGGGAUGUGGUGGUGGAAGGGAGGGUGAAAUACGGGGUGCCGCAUCUGACGAAGGUCGGUGGGUUCGAGGUGGAUGUGAGCUUGGAAGGGAAUUUGAUACUGUGCAGGCAAGUGGAUCGGCCCGGGAUGAUUGGGGAGGUUGGGAAUAUACUCGGGGAGGAUAAUGUGAAUGUGAAUUUCAUGAGUGUGGGGAGGAUGGCGAGGAAGAAGCAGGCGAUCAUGGCGAUUGGAGUGGAUGAGGAGCCGCAGGAGCAGACUUUGUCUAAGAUUGGGAAGGUUUCUGCUGUGGAGGAGUUCGUUUUCCUCAAGUUGUAG